UCGUUGUCAGAUGUACACGUACAAUCGCACGCGCAGCCAAGAGGAAUAAGGAGAUCCGAUAAUGAAACCACGAUGAUACUGGUCCUGCUGGUACCUAUAAUCGGAUUUGUGGCAGCAAAUCCUCUUUCAAGCACAUUGAACGACCGAUUAGACCCUCAGGUCCAAAAGGCGCUUUCGCUGUCCACGGAGAAUCGUUUGGACGCACCGGACGACGGACCGGGCAAAUUAAAUGAAACGGUAGAAAACACGAAUGAUACUUUGUCAACCCCGAAGUAUACGGUCCAUCAUCUCGCGGCUUCCGGGUCGGAGACGCGUGGGAACGAGACAAAUGAGAAAAGGGUGCAAGGGCGAAAGCAUAAAGCUAUAUUUGUAAAUUAUCCCCUGAUACCACCUAUCUUGCAUUACCCGAGGGUGCCCACUUACGAGGUCGAUUACAACGACAACAACCCGGAGCUGGCGAUGGAGGACAGGUCGUCGGGCGCGUCGAAGAGGUACCAAGAGAGCGACAUCUUCUACAUCCGACUGCCGCCCAUCCCGUAUAUGUUUGUACCCGGUCUCGGAUACAUCUCGCAACCACCCACGUACCCGGGCGCUUCCCUGAAGCCCCAGAUACCCCUCGUGCCACAACUAGUCCAGCUACAUCAGCAGCUACACGUGAGACCUGUGCGACCUCAGCCGGUCUCUCAGCAGACCGUUAAUCCCUUCAUCAAAUUGCCUAUAGACUUCAUAAGCAACGGCAAGCCCACCUCCGUCUAUCAAUGGCAGAAGAAGCCUGGCAAGAAGCCAACCGACAGUCCAAUCACGAACCUGGACAACCUGUCAGCCGACUUCGUGAACAACGGUAAGCCGACCUCUAUUUAUCAGUGGCAGGCGAAUCUCAAGCCGGUAAGGAGGCCGGAAGAUUCGCUCAACAGCCUUGAUAUGGGACCCUAUACCUUCAAUGGCAAGCUGACCAGCAUGUAUCUGCUCGGGUCGGAUGACUCUACCUCGAUGCACCAGCCCAUUCGACAUUCCAAUUACCAAAACGCGCACGACUAAAUUCAUCCGAUUACGUCGAGAGUGGGGAAACAACCGCGAGUACACGGAAAGACCGGCUGAGGCAAAAAUAACUAAAAUUAAAAUGUUGCCGUAUAAAUAGCAGGGGCAUCUCUGCAUUGUUUCGUGUUGCAACAUUCACUAAGUUUGCUGCACAAAACGCAUAUAGUUGACUCCACUACUUAUACCAAUGUGGAUGACAGCCACAGAUAUAGCUGUCCCAAAGAUUACUAUUUAUUGGGGUUGUGCCAACCCUAAUUAGAUAUGUGGUAACCGUAUCGGUCUCUCCGUGUACAGAAGGGAUUUGUAGUCUCUCCGAGGCGGGCGUAACGCGAGUGACAAGUAUUUCGCGAGUGAUGAGCACAUUUAAUAUCAGUUAGUUUCGACCCUGGUAGAAGUAGCCAAGUGAAUCUGACCGCGGUGGCGAGCAAACUUAUGAUACCAAUAUUAUUCAUGAUAAUAAUAAUAACAUCGAGCAAUGUUUCAGAUCCAUAGCUGACACGUUACAUAAUAUUCAUAAUUAAUAGAUGUGAAUUAUGAAUAUUUAUGUGACGUAUCAGUUGUGGAUUCGAAACUCUGAUAUUGUUAUUAAUAUCGCCACAUUAUAUUAAUUUAUUGAAACCGCAAUUAUUGAAAUCUUGUUACUCGUGUACGGAAACGCUACAAAACACAUGAAAAGUAUGGCAUUACAACAUUAGAGAUAAUAACGUUAUAAGUUUGUCAAAUUGAACGUGGAGAAAUUUGAUUAAUUUCUCCGAAUGGAGAAUCAUUGAAAGCUACUUCGGAAAUUAAAUAAGAGCGGAAAAGGGAGGGCAUCGAGAGUGCAACGCGGUUAUCGGUGCAUAAGUUAUGGGUCUAAUGUUCUUUAAUUAGCAAUAAGAUACGUAAUUAUAUGUCGAGCGUUUCGGCUCUAUUUUGAGCCACGUGCAGCAACGCGGUAGCGAGUUGCUAUUUGCCAAAAUAUUCUUCCAGAUUGAUUGGUCUGAAAAGCAAUGUACUUCAUGCGAGAGGAUCCGAGCGAAAUUUUGGCUAAAGAUCAUAUUAUAUUAAAGAAUAUUAGACAGGUAACUUAUACACACCGAUAAUCGCACUUUCAAUGCUACCCUCUUCUGUUCGUUACUUGUUUAAAUUUAUUGUCAAGAGUCCUUAGUUAGUUAAUUGUCUAUUUAUUUUAAAAAUAUUAUUUCGCUCAAAUCAAUAUCAUAUCGCAUUGAAUGGUUAUUAUUGAUAAUAACUUGUUAAACAGAAUUAUUUAAAUAAAGAUAUCACACGACGCGAUUAUGUAAGUAUACAUUGUAUAAUAAUACUUUCAAUAAUUGAUGUCAUGAACACUUUAUAAAAUGUGC